CGGCCAGUGCGGUAGUAAACACGGAAGUAGCUGCAGCAGCGGAGCCCCACGGCUGUUGAUUCAGCGCUUCCUCAGUUGGGUUUCGUUGACGGUCACUUUAACGGCUCCCAGUCGCCGCAGCGGAUCGUUGCUCCCCGGUUCUUGUGUCGGUAUCUGCGCUCAGAGACAACAGGAUGGAUAAAGUGUCAGUUUUGACGGUGACUCUGAGCCUGGUAGUUAUAGCUCAGGUGAACUGCAGCUCCUCCGGACUGAAGAGAGUCACCAAGGCACAGAUUUUGGGUUUUGACUGGAAGAACUGUGGGAAGCCAGACGAUCCAGCUGUCCUGAAGACUCUGACUGUGUCUCCAGAUCCGAUCUCCAUCCCGGGAGACCUGACGGCCUCUGCCUCUGGAUCCACAUCUGUAGAGCUGAGCACUCCCCUGGCUCUGAAUGUGACCCUGGAGAAGGAGGUGGCAGGUUUCUGGGUGAAGGUCCCCUGUGUGGAGGAGUUGGGCAGUUGUCACUAUCAGGACGCUUGUGAUGUUCUGAACCAGCUGAUCCCUCCGGGUCAGGACUGUCCUGAACCGCUGCACACCUACGGGCUGCCCUGCCACUGCCCCUUCAAAGCUGGCUCGUACUCUCUGCCUCAGUCGGACUUCUACCUGCCCCACAUGGAUCUACCCUCCUGGCUGACUAACGGGAACUACCGUGUGCAGGGAGUCCUGGGCAGCCAGGGCGAAGAGCUGGGCUGCCUCAAAAUCGCUCUCUCCCUUCACUCCGGCUAAACCGACACCGGAACCAGUCAGGAGGUUUCAGGUUUAAGUACUUGCACAUAAAAAUGAUCAAAAAUUGGGAAACGAAAGCAGAAGUUGCACAAAGUACCGAGACUGAUAAACUUCACAUGGGCCAAUGAAAAGUUUUGAUGUCAGAUGACAAUGAGAAAAACAAGAUGGGAAACACAUUUGGCUCUAAUGUAGUCCUCGUUCACCUGCUUACUACAUUUCUGCUGCACAGUUUUUGCAGUUCAAUUGGAGAAAGACAAGAUUUUUGGGAAAACAAAUCUAAAAAAUAGCACAAGAACUCACUUCUGUGUGUGCAGACGCAAACAUUUUGGUGUUCACUGAAACUUAUAGCUACUUUGUGUGACAGUGAAGCUUUUCCCUGUUUAAGAUCCAUCUGAGCCAUCAGGUAUUUCAUUCUUUGUGUGCAGUAACUGCUCCACUUUACCUACUGCAGCCAAUCAUGGUGCCAUUUAAUAAGUGAACAUGAUAUAAUGAGUGGCAUAUGCCAAAUUUCCACUGCAUGGUACAGCUCGGCUCGACUCGCUUUUGGUACCAGGUACUUUUCUCUAUUUCCUUUUCCUCUGCAGAUAGUACCCCCUCAAUGUAGGCGGGAUUCUUAGCUGAUCGUCAUAGCGACACCACGUGAAAUUGCCGGGACAUCAUCAUCAACGCGACACAAACACACAAACACAGGAACUCUGGCUGGAUUCUCAGCUUCUCUCAGAUAAAACUAGAAUCAAACUAAUACAGGUUACUAAAAUAUAAACUGAUUAAACCUAACAUAGAAACAGUCAGCAAGUCAGAAAACUACAAAAAAAAUUCAAAUAGUGUGGAAAGUUCAUAGAAUAAAGGGGAGGGGAGUUGUUCAAAUACAGAGAUGUAAAAAAAUAUAUUUUUUUUAUUAUGUUCACUCUAUGCACAGUUGCAGGCACAUGAGCACAAAGGACUGGCAGCUAUUCAGAAUUGCAACACCUUUAAUGAAUUUGUGUACUAAUUAAACAUUAAACAGAUUUCUUUCCUUUGGGAGGUCAGUUCUUCCACUGGUUCUGUGAGUUUUCACCGUUAGGUUUGAUGCAGGGUUUGUGGCUCUCAGGCAGGACUUUCAGGUCUUUUUUUGCCAAUUUUUCCGCUCUUAAAAAAUAUGAAACAAUGGUUUUAGUUACAUUUGUACGGGGGAAGUGUGAUGUCACAGUACGGCCAGGAGAGGGAGCGCUUUCCCACGCCAAAACAAAAAUACAAUUCAUCCCGUCACACAAACCUCAACGUGGCUCGCUGCUGAACUGCAUCGGGUCGAUUCUGCUGAUGUCUUCAGAUCACUGAGACGUGUUUUGCUGUCACACUUUGAUGAACGUGGUUGAAACACUUCAUCUCUGUUCAUCCACAGACACAAGAAUCAGCAUUAAUUGUCUCAGUGUUUUAGAUUAUUGGGCAAAUUUUGCUAAUAAACCUAACGAAGCUCAAACAAACUCACGAGUCAGCUCUGACAUCAGACUUUUUUGAUAAUUUGGUUGGAAAAACAAACAUAGCAUCUGCUAACAGUUCUGUGUCUGAUUUGUGACGAAAUGCUCUUUUUAAAAUGUUUUUAAAGUAAUAAUGCCCUUCAUACGUUCUUCCUCAGUGUGUGUCGCUGUGAUUGGGUUUUGAAAAGUACUAUCAGUUCUUUGCUUCACUGAUUGCUUCCUUUUUGACUUUUUUCUUAAAUGGGAUGUUUUGAAAAAGGGUUUUCAGCCAAUGAGAGGAAGCUCUGCUGGGAAUUAAGCAGCGCUCAUCUAGUUCAUUUGUAGUAUAACUGAUCGUAGCCAGUGUUUGAUAUUUGAUAUUUGAUCUUAUGUGAUUUUGAUUAUUUCAACUGUUUCUUUGUGCCUUAAGUGCCUGAUUAGAUCUUUAGGAGGAAUUACUAUAUCUAAACAAAUUGCAAUGAAAUGAAGAAGAGAUGAAAAGAAAUCAUUACGCACACAGAGACAUAACUGAUGUGGGAAAGUUAAGGUUGAUGGUUAAUUCUGAUUUUAAUUUGGCUUAAUGUUUAAUUUGUUUUCUAUACUGUUGAUAACAAUGUUCAAUAAAUGAUGACAUCAGUGUCAUACUGAUUAUGUCAGUGAUUAUGUCCACACAGUGUACAGUUUUUAAUAAACUUUAUCCCAUAAAUUGUGAAAUAUUA